AUGAAUUUUGGUGAUACUGAUCUUACUAAUAUAAAGAUUGUUACUCUACCUCUAAAAACAACAUCAAAACUUCAACCAAUGAACUCAGAUAUUAUUGCUGCCUUCAAACACCAUUACCGUCAUUUUCUGUUGCAACAUGCUCUUGAUUGUGACAAGGCUGAAGAAUUUGAUAUAUAUAAAAAUGUCACAAACUGUUUCUGUCAUACUGGCCUGUUUGAUUAUGAGAUUUCUCCUACUAUACAUGAAGUCCAUCCAAAUAAUGAAAAUUCAUCUGUUAUUGCAGAUUUAGAAGAGUUACUGAGAUUAUUGUCGCCUUGCCACUCCAUAAGCCUUGCCUAUUAUACAAACUCACCAGAAGAGAUGGAUAUGGUACAUCAAGAGUUUACAGAUGCUGACUUGCUAGAAUCA